CCCGCAGAGCGCAGAAUGUGGUCGCCGAACCGGCCCCGGCCCCGCGCGCCCUGCCACUGGGCGCUGGCGCUCCUGGUCCUGGGAGGUGCGGGACUGUGCCAGGCCGGCCCGCAGCCCGGGUACCCCGCGCGGCCCAGCGCCAGGAACAAGAACUGGUGCGCGUACAUCGUGAACAAGAACGUGAGCUGCUCGGUGCUGGAGGGAAGCGAGAGUUUUAUUCAGGCGCAGUACAACUGUCCCUGGAACCAGAUGCCUUGUCCGUCCGCGCUCGUGUACCGAGUGAACUUCAGACCGCGCUACGUCACCAGGUACAAGACAGUGACGCAGCUGGAGUGGAGAUGCUGCCCUGGCUUUCGAGGGGGAGACUGCCAAGAAGGUCCUAGGGACCCCGCGAGGACCCCGCGCCCCACGCCCACCCGGCCGCGGAACAGCAUGAAGAAAGCCACAGAUAAUGAGCCAACCCAGGUCUCGGCACCUAAGAAGAGUGUGUUGCCAACUCAAGCCACAGAACCCAGUCGGGCAGUGGAUCCAAAGCAGGGGCCCCAAGAACUUCAGGACAAGAAAAUCCAGGUGCUUGAGGAGAAGGUCCUGCGACUCACGAGGACAGUCCUUGACCUUCAGUCCUCCAUCGCCGGAACAGGUGAAAACCUCAAACAUGCCGUUCAGGAUGACGCCAGGAAAACACUGCAGCCCCUGGCUGUGCCCGACCGUGACAUUGCUGGGGAUACUGCAACAGCCCAAUUUCCCGGUGUCCCCAGUAGCAAGGACUCGGGCAUGAAGGACAUCAAGUCUGAACUGGCCGAAGUCAAAGACACUCUGAAGACCAAGAGUGACAAACUGGAAGAGCUGGACGGGAAAGUGAAGGGCUACGAGGGGCAACUCAAGCAGCUCCAAGAGGCUGCCCAGGGCCCCACGUUGACCAUGACCACCAACGAACUCUACCAAGCCUACGUGGACAGUAAGAUCGACGCCCUGAGGGAGGAACUGAUGGAGGGAAUGGACAGGAAGUUGGCUGACCUGAAGAACUCGUGUGAGUACAAGCUGGUUGGCCUCCAGCAGCAGUGCGAUGACUAUGGGAGCAGCUACCUGGGAGUGAUAGAGCUGAUAAGCGAGAAGGAAGCAAGCCUGAAGAAAGAAAUAAAUGACCUUCGAGGCCAGUUCCAGGGUCCUUCAGCACAGCCAAACUGCUGUGACGGUGAAAAGAAUGGUGACUUUGGUCAGCAGAUUAAGACGUUAGACCAGAAAAUCGAGAGAGUUGCUGAAGCCACCCGAAUGCUGAAUGGACGGAUGGACAAUGAGUUUGACCGUCUCGCAGUCCCGGAACCAGAUGUGGACUUCGAUGCACGGUGGAAUGAGCUAGACGCACGGAUCAAUGUGACAGAGAGGAAUGCUGAAGAGCACUGCUUUUACAUUGAAGAGACCCUUCGGGGGGCCAUUAACGGAGAGGUAGAUGACUUGAAACAACUUCUUGAUCAGAAAAUACACUCUCUGGAAGACCGUCUGGGGAGCGUUCUCCUCCAGGUGGCCAACACCAGUGAUGGAGAGUUCAUUCCCUCGGGGUCAGCGCUGCCGGGGGUGUCGGGACCAGGGAAUGAGCAGGUCCUGGUGGAGCUAAACCACCUAAAGGACAAAGUUCAAGUGGUCGAGGACAUCUGCCUGCAGAAUUUCCAGAGAGAGCCUCACGAGAUAGAAGACACUUUGCCAAAUGGAGAUGACCUCACGGUGGGGGCGAGCUGGAGCCUUUUGAAAUCUCUAAACGACACGAUGCACAGGAAAUUUCAAGAAACCGAACGCAGCAUCCAGAAACUUCAAGAGGAUUUCCAUUUUCUUUAUUCUCAGCUAAACCAAACAGGAAAUGACGUAACUCACCUUCGGGACGAAAUGAGCGAUUGUAGAGCAGGUAACAAUGCCGCAGCCGGGGGGCUUACCAAGGUGGGCGAGGCGGCAGGGGCAGAGGAGGGCGCCCUCCCGUCCCCCGAGGACUCCGUGGCUCCGUGCUGCGGCCCGCUGGAGGAGAGGUGGCAGAGGCUGCAGAGCCAGGUCUUCUCUGACUUGGACGUGUGCAAGGAGAGCACGCAGAGCGUCCAGAGGGAGGUGUCCGUGGUCGAGGGCCGGGUGUCUCACAUGGAGAAAACGUGCAGCAAACUGGACUCCAUCUCGGGGAGUCUUCAGAGGAUCAAGGAGGGGCUCAACAAGCAUGUCAGCGGCCUGUGGAGCUGUGUCCGGCAGAUGAACGGGACGCUCAGGUCGCACUCCAGAGACAUUUCCGGCCUGAAGAAUUCAGUCCAGCAGUUCUACAGCCACGUUUUCCAGAUUUCUACCGACUUGCAAGACCUGAUCAAAUUUCAGCCAUCAGCAACAGAGGAGCCCUCCGAAGCGCCCCAGACCCCAGAGCAGCCCUUGCUGACGGAGACCACCACGGAGCCCCCGCAGCUCAAGCUGACGCCCCCGCCACUGCCAAAGCCGAGCAGGCCCACGCCCCCCAAGGACCCUAAGCGGCGGCCGCACGUAGAGCAGCGGCCUGUCCUGCCCAAGCGGCCCUUGCAAGAGAUGCUGCCCCCGCCGGCCAAGCCUGGUUGGACUGGGCUGCCCUUCCUGCCUGGCUCCACUGGCGUCAUCAUGGAGACUGGAGAGGCCGGGCCUCCGGGGAGGAUGGGCGUGUCGGGCAGGGGUCUGCCCCAUGGGGUGGACGGCCAGACCCGGCUGGCACCCAUCCCCAGUGCUGAAGGCUAUGCGGGUGCCCCAGGGUACCCCAAGUCGCCUCCUGUGGCCUCCCCAGGGGUGCCGGUGCCGUCUCUGGUGUCUUUUUCCGCUGGGCUCACCCAGAAGCCUUUCCCCAGUGAUGGGGGUGUCGUCCUCUUCAACAAGGUGCUGGUGAACGACGGGGAUGUUUACAACCCCAACACCGGGAUCUUCACGGCUCCAUACGAUGGGCGCUACCUGAUCACUGCCACCCUCACUCCCGAGAGGGAUGCCUACGUGGAAGCAGUCCUGUCGGUGUCCAAUGCCAGUGUGGCCCAGCUGCACACAGCUGGGUACAAGAGAGAGUUCCUGGAGUACCACCGGCCCCCAGGGGCCCUGCACACCUGUGGGGGCCCAGGGGCCUUCCACCUCAUCGUGCACCUGAAGGCAGGAGACGGGGUCAAUGUGGUGGUGACCGGGGGCAGGUUAGCCCACACGGACUUUGAUGAAAUGUACUCCACAUUCAGUGGGGUUUUCUUAUAUCCUUUCCUUUCCCCCCUUUAGGGUGGCUGGGGACAGAUAAGGGGAAAGUAGUUGUAAAAACUCUGAAGCCUUAAUAUAUUCUGUUUAUGUAUGUAACUGGAGCACUGGUCUAGAUCUUUCUAUGUCCCACCGUCUGCCCCCAAGAUAAAGGCCUUACCUCACUGUCAAGGUCACCAGCCCUUCCAGGUUCCAGGCACGCAGCGAGGAGCAAACUCAUGGCGAAUGUGGGCGCUGAUUUUUCUGUCACUGUAACUGCACAACUGGAAGGCUUGGAAAGGUCCCCGUGCUGGAAGCCGGUUCCUCCUCUUGUGUCUUUGUGGCCUCCAUCUCAUUCCGAGGGUUCCUGGGCUGAACCCACACGGUGCUAACCACUGAGGCUCACGCUGCUCCCUAUAGAGCCAAGCCGUAGGAUCUGUCCUGCUGAUGGAGGAAGAGCUGCUGCAUGGAGGCUGGUCGCCUGUCCUUCGCCGGAGCGUCACACCACAGCCAGCUGUCUGUAUUCACACUGUGCACAGGAGAGAAGUGUAAACACUGAAAUGCUGAAGUGGUCUGAGCCACCACCCAGAGACCUAGCGUUUCCACUUGGGGCUCUUCCAUGCCUGAGUCACCAUUGCUGCCAGGGACUUAUCCCUGCUCACCUGGGCCUUGGUCCAGCUACAAAGGGCGAUGGAUGCACUUGAGACUGUUUAUGAAGCUUAAUGGGCUCCUUAAAUGACAUGUACAGUUGAAGUGCAAUGACAGGGAGUGCCAAUAAAGAUGUAAAACCUC